AUGGGCAUAGUAAUCGUGGACAAGGUAUCUUUAAAAUCGAACGCAACAGACAUCCACUAUAUUCCCCUCAUACCUUUGAGUUAUAACACUGAAAAUUAUCAUUUUAACACGCAUACAAAAAACAACUAUUCAAACAAUAUAUCUGCUAAUAUUCAAACCCAUCAAACUUCUAUUGGACAUCCCCAUGGUAUAUUUUUUGACAUACCGGACCCAACUUUAGAUCUAAUAGUGAUAAUUCCUUUAGGUAUUCUCUUAUUCACCUUUUGCAUUUUGACGAUAUUCGGAAACUUUAUGGUUAUCUACGUUAUCAAAAAAGAUCGCAAACUUCAAACGGUCAGCAAUUAUUUCAUAAUGAGUUUGGCAUCUGCAGAUCUCCUUUUGGGCUUAUUAGUAAUGCCUAUUAGUAUCGUUUAUCUGUUAUCCAACAAAUGGGUCUUCGGCAUGGCCUUUUGCAAGAUAUGGUUAUCCAUCGAUUACACUGCCAGCACUGCCUCCAUUUUUAAUCUCUUCAUACUAAGUUUAGACAGAUAUUGGUCAAUCAUAUCUCCUCUUCGCUAUCUCAAAAAGAGAACAAAAAAUAGAGCAAUGUCCAUGAUAGGCCCUGUGUGGCUUAUAUCGGCAACCUGGAUAAUACCUAUUGUAUGGUGGAACACUAUUGACAAAUCAUUGCACGGGGCAAAAGAUUCUAGAAGUUUAAACAUGAGAUCCACGUCUUUUAUUGUAGAAUGUAAAAAUUUCUCAUCCAAAUGCCACAUUAAUAAAUUUAACAAUCCUAUUUCGAAUUUAAACUUUAACGUAACCUACUUAAAUUAUAGCCAUAUCAACCUUUAUCCAAACCAUACGCAUUUAAGCAUAUAUUCUUCGUCAUAUUCAAUUUUAGACGUUCUAAACUAUUAUGUGCGGAACAGUUCAUCGCUAAAUAGGUUUAUAUACAGUGAUAGUCAUGGGAAGACCAAUAAAUCUUAUUCCGAAUGCAAUGUAGAGUUUGCCAACGUAAUGGCUUUGAAAAUCAUAACAGCCCUCAUAAACUUCUAUAUCCCUGCUAUACUAAUGCUCGCACUUUACUGGAAAAUAUUUUUCGAAAUUAAAAAACGUAGUGCAAUCGAAUUAAAAUUAACUAAUAACCCUGGAAAUAUGUCUGACAGAAUUAUGGACGAUUUUUCUAAAAGACGAAAGGAAAACCAUUAUAACUCCUCUAUGAAAGAUGGCUACAGUUUAUCUUCUAUCUCAUCUCGUUCACAAUUGGGAAGUUUUAAACAUAAAUUGCAUUCGCUAUAUAAUUCACCUACCAGAAAAAGAAAGAAUCGAAUGAUCCCACAAUUAAUGCCCAGAAGUUUAGACGAAGAAAAUUGGGAUGAGAAAAACUCUCCUAAAAUUCUAGAUAAUACAUUUACUACUCGAAUCGAUCUCCCACUAUGUAACUUUGAAAAAGAGGUAAAAAGUAUAACUCAGUUCACGGACCAAACAAAGUACGAUUCGAAAAAUAUUCUUACACCUAAAGUCGGGAAUGGGUCUGAAAAUUCAUUUGGGUUAUUUAAAUCUAGAAUAACGCACAAAUCCAAAUCGCCCAUUGAGAAAAAUUCGGAUUACAAUUGUGAUAUAAGCCAUAAAAUAUUUAACAGAAUUAUUUUGGAAGAAGUUAAAUAUGACAAAGUAUCGAGUCAUGAUAUCGAAAAAGCCUGCCAUGAAAAGAUUGAUGAUUUUGGUCCUGUAAAAAUUUUUAUUAAAUAUGUCGACACCAAUAAAAAAAAUGAAUAUGAUACAAAAUUAAGUAAAAUGAAUAAUAAUGAGGCUGACGAUGUUUCUAAACUCAUAUCUUUUAAUCAAUCUAAAGUAUGCAAUGGAAAGGUUAUAGCACUGAAUGAUCCCACAUGCCAUGAAUACGAUUUAAAUAGAACUUAUCGCAACCAAAAAGCUCAAAUAAAAAGUAAUCUGAAAAAUAUUCCCCAUAUAAUAUCUAAAAAAUCUAUCGUUAACUGCUAUAAAAACUUAAACAACCAUUCCAAACAUAAUAAUAUUUCAAAAAUUGGUUGUAGAGGAAAAAACCUAUUGAGUUUUAAAAAGGAUACUAACAUAUUUAGUAACAAUCCGAGUUUAUGGAAAAAUUAUACUAUCAAAAAUGAUUUUAGAUGGAAUCGGUCCCCAGCUAUGACAAACUUGCUGGAUAAGAAAUUAAAAAUUUACCAGCAAAAUGCCAAAAAACGAAAGAGUAAUGGGUUAAUCAGCUCCAGAAAAUUACUUAUGAAUAGGGUUAGGGAUGGAAAACAUUCAACUUAUUCCAACUCAUUCACUUUUCCACCUGUAGAUUUCUCGAAAUCCUUGACAAGUAGGGAUAGAUAUGCGAAUAAUAUGACUACUCUGAAAACAAUUCAUGAUGACCAACAUUUAAAGAAUAUGUGCACCUCCCAAUUGAAUAAAUCUCUUGUGGACCCCUAUUUAUUUGGUAGGGCAUCCAGCAAUAGAAACCUAUCCAAAACGCAUCUUAAUUAUUUAAAGCCAACUGCUUCUUGCAAUUCCGAUCCUCGUAAACACAGUUACACUACCAAAUUAGCGCACCGUUUAAGGAGGAUAAAAAAUAAAACCCUUAAAAGUUACACCAAGGUAUCAGAAUCAUUUACCAAUCUACUGCCUUACAAUCCUCGCCAUUUGAAUUCAACCUUGCAACGCAUCCCAGUAAAAACUGGAAGGAGUAACAAGGGCAGAAUUCUAUUCAAAGAAAAAAAGGCAGCUAAGCAGUUGGGAGUUAUAAUGGGGGCUUUUAUUAUAUGCUGGCUCCCUUAUUUUAUUGUGUUUAUGAUCAUACCCUUUUGCGAGGGAUGUGUAAGCAAUAAUGUUCAAAUAACAUUUACGUGGUUGGGUUACCUAAAUUCCACAGUGAACCCAUUUCUCUACGCCAUGUGCAACUCUAAAUUCAAAAACGCCUUUCAACACAUAUUCAUGAAAACCAAAACUAAAAGGCCCAAGAUCAAAAAAUUAUCAUUAACUUUGAAUAAAUCUCGGAUUAAUAUUAAGAGGGAGAGGGAGAGGAGGGGCUUUAAACACCCAACGAAUCCUCGUGAAAAAAAUCUCCAUAAAAUAGUAAAACCCACAGAAAUGGGGAAAACUGACUUGUUGAAUAGAUACAUUCAAACUAAAAACUGA